AUGCAACAACGUUCUUUCCAAAUCUGUCAUGCUGUUUCUACCUUUUUGUUCGUUUCGCUCUUUCAUGAAGUAUUUUACAACUCACUACGGAAAAACUAUCCUAGAUUCGCUAUACAAAUUCCUACUUGUAAGAUGUCCGCGCUGUCAGCACUCGCUCUAAAAAUAUCGUUUUGUUGGUUUCUCAUUUCUAUUUUCUCUUCCUGUACUUUUGUAAAAAAUACGCUUCUCGCAUUACAAGCUACCUGCGUGUUUAUCUUGGUUUCCUGUUUUUGGUUUUACGAGCUGGAUAUCUUUCGUGGGCACUGGCAGGGUGCAGUGUAG